AACAUAGACGAUCAAAAUUGCAAUUAAUUGUGUUGCAUAUUUUUUCCGGGGAACAAAUUCACUUUUUCUUUUCCCACAUAAAAAACUGCAGAUAGCAAUCACAUCUCUCGCACUCUCUACUUCCACCACCAUGUCCUCCGCCAAAUCCCGCAAUUUCCGCCGCCGUGCAGACACAAACGACGAAGAAGAAACCACCACCUCCACCUCCACUCCCACUCUCCCUUCCAAACCCUCCGCCCCCCCAAAACCUAAAAAAUCCCAAACCCCCAAACUCAGCUUCGCCGACGACGAAGAAACCGACACCACCGAAACCCUCCGUCCACCACGUUCCUCCAAACCCUCACACCGUUCCAAACCCUCUUCUUCCUCCGCUCACAAGAUCACCACUCACAAAGAACGAAUUUCACAUUCCCCUUCACCUUCCAAUGUUCAACCUCAAGCUGGAACCUAUACCAAAGAAGCACUUCUUGAACUUCAGAAGAAUACACGAACCCUAGUUACUCCUAGCACUGUUUCUCGUCCUAUUUCAUCUGAUCCUAAACCUUCUUCUGAACCUGUCAUUGUCUUAAAGGGUUUACUUAAACCGAAAUCAGAUUCUGAAGAAGAUCAUAAGGAAGAAUUUGAGGCUAACUUUGCUUCUGUUGGCAUUCAGAAUGAUGGGAAAGACUCGGAUAUACCGGAUGAAGAGACUAUUAAAGCUAUUAGGGCAAAGCGGGAGCGGCUAAGGCAGGUGCGUGCGCCUGCACCGGAUUAUAUUUCGUUGGAUGGUGGAAGUAAUCAUGGCGCUGCGGAAGGGUUGAGUGAUGAGGAACCGGAGUUUAGGAGCAGGAUUGCUAUGUUUGGGGAGAAGGGUGGAGAAGGGAAGAAGGGUGUUUUUGAGGUUUUGGAUGAGAGAGUUGAUGAGAGGUUUGGGGAUGUGGUGGUGGAGGAGGAGGAGGAGGAUGAAGAGGAGAAGAUGUGGGAAGAAGAGCAGUUUAGGAAAGGAUUGGGGAAGAGAAUGGAUGAAGGGCCUUCUAGGGUUGGUGGUGGUGGCGAUGUUCCUGUUGUGCAAGUUGCUCAACAGCCCAAUUUUGUUGUUCCUUCUAGUGCAACUGUGUAUGGUGCAGUUCCAAAUGGAGCAGCAGCAACAUUGGCCAAUACCAGCAUUGGAGGAGCAAUCCCAGCAACACCGGCUCUGGAUGUCAUCCCUAUAACUAAACAGGCCGAGAUUGCGAAAAAAGCUUUGCUAGACAAUGUCAGGAGGCUUAAGGAAUCACAUGGUAGAACAGUGUCAUCAUUGAACAGAACAGAUGAAAAUUUGUCCGCCUCCCUUUUGAAGAUCACUGAUCUUGAAAACUCAUUAGUCGUAGCUGAUGAGAAGUACCGAUAUAUGCAAAAGCUCCGAAAUUAUAUCUCAAAUAUAUGCGACUUUUUGCAGCAUAAAGCUUCCUACAUUGAAGAAAUUGAAGAUCAUAUGAAGAAACUUCACGAAGAUCGAGCAUCGGCCAUUUUUGAAAAAAGAGCAACUAACAAUGACGACGAAAUGAUUGAGGUAGAAGCAGCUGUGAAAGCUGCAAUGUCAGUUUUAAGCAGGAAAGGUGACAAUGUGGAGGCUGCCAGAAGUGCAGCUCAGGAUGCAUUUGCUGCUGCGAGAAAACAAAAAGAUUUUCCAGUGAAGUUUGAUGAGUUUGGUAGAGAUGUAAAUAAUGAGAAACGGAUGAAAAUGAAAGUGAUGGCCGAGGCCCGUCAACGCAGGAGGUCUAAAGCUUUUGAUUCUAAAAAACUGGCAUCCAUGGAUAUAGAUAAUCAUAAAGUAGAGGGUGAAUCGAGCACCGACGAGAGUGAUAGUGAGAGCCAAGCAUAUCAGUCACAACGUGAUUUAGUGCUGCAGGCUGCUGAUGCGAUUUUCAGUGAUGCUUCCGACGAAUAUAGUCAAUUAUCCCUGGUCAAAAAAAGAAUGGAAGAAUGGAAAAGAGAGUAUUUGUCAAGCUAUAAUAAUGCUUAUAUUUCAUUAAGUCUUCCAAUGAUCUUCUCCCCAUAUGUAAGAUUGGAACUCCUGAGGUGGGACCCACUGCACAAGGGUUUAGAUUUUCAAGAUAUGAAAUGGUAUAAAUUGUUAUUCACUUACGGUUUGCCUGAAGAUGGAAAAGAUUUUGUUCAUGAUGAUGGAGAUGCAGACCUUGAGCUUGUCCCAAAUUUGGUGGAAAAGGUUGCACUUCCUAUUCUCCAUUAUGAACUUUCCCAUUGUUGGGACAUGCUUAGUCAACAGGAAACAAUAAACGCUAUUGCAGCUACGAAAUCGAUUGUGCAACAUGUGUCUCAUGAAAGUAAAGCUCUUGCAGAAUUGCUAGUUUCGAUUCGUACACGUCUAGCUGAUGCUGUUGCUAAUCUUACGGUCCCUACAUGGAGUCCACUAGUACUUGCUGCUGUUCCAGACGCUGCACAAGUUGCAGCAUAUCGAUUUGGUGUGUCUGUUCGAUUAUUGAGAAAUAUUUGUUUGUGGAAGGAUAUAUUUGCAAUGUCAGUGUUAGAGAAACUUGCUCUAGAUGAGCUUUUGUACGCAAAAAUUCUACCUCACUUUAGAAGCAUAUCAGAAAAUGUUCAUGAUGCAAUAACAAGAACAGAACGGAUUAUUGCUUCCCUAUCUGGCGUUUGGUCUGGCCCAAGUGUCACCGGAGACAGAAACCGCAAGUUGCAGCCUCUAGUGGCUUAUGUGCUGUCACUUGGAAGGAUUCUGGAGAGAAGAAAUGUACCAGAGAGUGAUCUAGCUCGUCGAUUAAAGAAAAUACUUGUGGACCUCAAUGAAUAUGAUCAUGCUAGGAACGUGGCCAGAACCUUCCAUCUCAAAGAGGCAUUAUGAGCUAGGGAAUUUUUGUUUUUCAUUAUACAUGGUCUCCUGGUAUGCCUGGGAGUUUGACCCAGUGUUAGCCUUCUCAAGUGAGUGCUUCAGAUAGCCUUUUGACCUUACAAUUUUUUUAUCAGGAGUAUGCUUUAUGACUUGCAUCUUUCACUCCUAGAGUCAGCUAAGUCUAUGAACUUGCUGGAAUAUAUGAAACUAACUGAGGACCUUCAUUGUUUCCUUUGUCACCACAAUGAGUAUGUCUUACUAAGAACCAAAAAUGCAUAUGCAUCAUCUCACUUUCUGGGUAUCUUGCCACUUCUUUCUUCCAUUGCUAUAACUAGAUCUUUGAAGAACAAUAAUAGUAAAAUUUUUACUCUAUCCUGUGAUUAUUUAGAUUACAUCUGAUAUGAAAAUAAAAAUAUGAAAAA